AUGAAUAGGAUUUAUUUUCUGAUCAAUUUUUUAUUUUUUCUUUGUGAUAUAGCGACUCGACCAUUGUUGCUCAAUAAUUCGAAAAAUUCUGAUCAAGAAAACACUAAUAAUGAUGCAUGGAUCCAUUUUUCCACUAUCGCGAAAACUACAGCGGAAAUCAGAGGAGAACACCAUGAUGAAACUGUCGUUCAGCGUUCAUCACUGACUAGAAAUUUAUUAAAUAAGGAGAAUUUUGUCGCUUCUAUUAAUAAAAAUGGAACGAACUUUAUUCAUGGUACCAAUAUUUUAGAUAUUAAAUCAGUUGAAGAAAAAAAUAAUGAAAAAAUAACGGUCAGUUCAACUGAACUUCACUAUUUAUUAAAUUCCGGAAUAGAAAAUCUAAAAAUUACAACAACCACCUCACCGCCUGUCAUAAUAAAAUCAGUCUUCUCUCAUGAAUUAGAAAUUCCGUCAAGACACACGAAAAUCCCUGAUUUGAAAAAUCAAACUGAAAUAAUCGAUUUGGAUCUUUCUGAAUCGGAUGUUUAUGAUGAUUUCGCUAUUCCACAUAAUGAAAUUGAAUCGAAUAUACAGGAUGUUUCAUCUCACAAAAUUAUACUUGAAGAGACUGGUCAGUAUGAAGGGAAAGAAUCACCGGUACAAUAUCCCAUAGAAAGUACAUGCGACACUGGUAGUACCGAAGCUCCUAGAAGUUUUGAAGAUGAAUUUUUCGACGAACGAGGGAAGACUAUACAGAAGGACGAAAUAGUGAUUUCCGUUGCACUCCCUACGGCCGCUAUAAAAUCCGAAUAUCAAGUGCAAAAGGAAACUUUGGAGUUUCAUUUUGCGCCGACAGCACCAUCAAAAUCCGUCAGUGAAUCGAAAAUUCAAUUUGCAGUAAAGGAAAAAAAUUUUAUAGAAAAUACAAGCGGAACUAAACUAAAGCCAACUCAAUCUGUUUUAGUACCACAAGUGAUUUCUAAAAUCAAAGAAAAUGAAAUCCUUGAAAGCAAAAAUUUGGAAAUUGAAAAGGACAGCAGAAAGAAUUUUAAUGAUAAGUUGAAACCGUUGAAUCCAGCCGAAGAAGAAAUUAAAUUUGAUAACAUCGAUAAUUUAGCAGAUAUACGCGAGGAAUUAUCAUGGUGGCAAAAGCUCAUAGCUGGCUUUAAGUGUUCUCAACGUGAUUGUGCUGAAGCUUUGAAACCCAGGAAAAAAAUUGCGAAAUUCCUCACAGAGCCUGCUAUUAUUCGACGUGUUCGAACACAUGGUGAUAAGGAUUUGAUAUGA